AUGGAGCCUGACGCUGUGUCUGUCGUCUGUGUCUUGUCUACAACGAGCCUGGUUAUGGACAUAUUUAAACCUGCUGCGGAAAGUGAGACCCGCAGCGGCGCUGCGGGUCGCUCUCACUCGCACACUCGGGACCGCAGCUACGACCAGGGAUGUAAAGGCCCAGGACACACCAGCGGUCAGUGGCUCCACAUCCUCUGUAUUGUCAUGGUGUUGCGCUCACGCAUUGCUUGCUCAAACUGCAACGGAGCUGGUUCCUUGUUGGUGAAAAAAGACGUACUUGUGUUCUUAUGGAAGAAUUUUUCUUUUUGUGCAACUGCAGACACAGAGAAAUCUCACCAGAACCAGCUGGAUGAGUCCAGCGCCGAGGAUGGCUCACUGAAGAAGAAGCAGCGGCGGCAGAGGACUCACUUCACCAGCCAGCAGCUCCAGGAACUGGAGGCCACCUUCCAGAGGAACCGCUACCCGGACAUGAAGAGUCGUCACUGUAGUGGACGAGGAAUUCACAGGUGUGUAGUUGAAGUGGCCCUGGCUCCUGCUGAGCUGGGGGAGGAGGAACUGGUAUGGUUCAAGAACCGGCGUGCCAAGUGGAGAAAGCGGGAGAGAAACCAGCAGGCAGAGUUAUGCAAAAAUGGCUUUGGUGCCCAGUUCAAUGGACUCAUGCAGCCCUACGAUGACAUGUACACGGGCUACUCCUACAACAACUGGGCCACCAAGAGCCUAGCGAGCAGCCCACUCUCCGCCAAGAGCUUCCCAUUCUUUAACUCAAUGAAUGUAAGUCCCCUGUCCUCCCAGCCUAUGUUCUCCCCCCCCAGCUCCAUCCCCUCCAUGAACAUGGCCUCUAGCAUGGUGCCCUCAGCGGUGGCUGGGGUUCCCACUACAGGGCUCAACAACCUGGGCAACCUCAACAACCUCAACAGCCCCACGGCACUCAACUCGGUAGCGGUGACAGCGACCACAUGCCCCUACGCCUCCACAGCCAGUCCCUACAUGUACAGAGACACCUGCAACUCCAGCCUGGCCAGCCUGCGGCUCAAGGCAAAGCAGCACGCCAACUUUGCUUACCCAGCAGUGCAGAACCCUGUGUCCAACCUGAGCCCCUGCCAAUAUGCUGUGGACCGGCCGGUAUGAAGAAGAAGCUGCGGCGACGACCCCUGACCCAACCGACCAGCUGUAACUCCACAAUUCCCCCCACUUCACAUUUCUUCAGCUCUAUCUCUAAGCUGCCAGAUGUGCUGCAGACUGGCAGAUCGUGUGUUGAUGGUACUCAAUAAGAAUUCUCUUCAAAACUGACAACAAAUAGACAUGCCCAGAUGGACCACAGCGCUUCAAAGGAAUUUGUUUGUGAGACUUUGUUGCCGAACUGACCAACUGCUUCAAAGGAUUUCUAAAGAUUAUUAUCCAUUAUCACUUUUUUCCUUCUUUUGAACUGCAUGAUUAGAGUUAACGUAGAAACCAAGGCUAAAAAAAACAUUGAUGCUUCAACUGGACUGGUGGUCAACAUCUUGGCCCAAAAACAUCAAAUGCGAUCUUUGCUACUAUCGCAGGAAAACGGACCUGUGGUUGCAAUGUGGGAGAAAUGGAGGAUGUAUAUAAUGGACUUUUUUUCUGUUUUGUAUGUGACAUAAAAAUAUAUGAAAACGUACUUUAAAGAUGAGAAAAAGCAUGUUCUUCAAAAGCAAAGGCCCUAGGUUGAUGUACUAUAAGCGCAUCCUUUAGGAACUUUAAACUUUGUUGUGAAUUCUUCUUCCCUUGGAAGGUCAUAGGUCGAAGGUCAGCUUGGGCAGUCCUGUAAAGUGAACACAACCUCAACAUGAAAACAACAAUUUACUCACACAUAUACCAGAAUAUCAGCAAGAUUUUUCAAGUAAAACUCUAAAAAGCCAUUGAGUAUAUAGAUUUGUGUGGUGUUAUACAAAGGGAGUCCAUGACUGUAAAAAAUGUAUGUAAGAGUGCAGUUGUCAUAACAAAAAAACAAGCUUUUUUUUCUGGUGUAGCCUGCUUUGUCUCAUUAAAGAACCAAUUAAAGGAUCCGUUUUUAUGAACUACAAAUGGA